AUGGUGUACAUCAAAAGAAAACGUUUAACAUGCCGUACAUCUUGGGCUUUGUGGUCAAACGUGCCGUCAAGCAUGAUUGAUUCUAUUCAAGAAUUUCCGUCCAUAGCUGAUAAUGUAAAUAUUGGGCGACAUACCUCGAGUCUAAGAAAAGCGAAGAUCACAAGAAUGGUACUAACUCCACCACUAACUCUGGAUCAGUUGGUGAGGUUACUAGAAAAAGAUCAAUUGGAACCAGAUGACGAUGAUGAUAAACGAACAAUUGGAAAUAUGUAUGGGUUUAUCCCAACAUUAAUGGAAUAUCCAAAAAGGGAAGCCCGCCUCCACCUCAAAGAACCCGAAGACAACAAAUUACUACCACAUCUAAAAACGAUAAAUGUAGUGGUAAAAAAACUGAAUCAAACGGAAUUUCCAUCCCAACCAAUAUUCUUACAAAAGAUGCUCAACGAUCUAAGAAGGUUGAAUCUCCUAAACUACAUCAAGAAAAAUUUGGAGGUCAAUAUCAGAGAAUUUGAUGGGAAUGAGUUGACAUUAAAUCCACCAAUUCAGCCAGGUGAUCUAUAAAUCUUUUUGCUUAUUCGCGUUAAUUUUACCUAAUUGGCAUCGUUUGAUGCUAUGGCACAUUAGAGUUAGGACGAUCGCUUUCUUUGAAGAUCAUAAAAAAUACGUAGAAUUUUUAGAUCUUUUUUACAGUAACUAUAUAUCUAGUGUAUAAAUAACUCAUUCAGACAUCCCACAAACACACAUUCC